GUCACAGACGUCAGAAGAAAGUAGUAACACUACUAAAUAUGUAAAUACGGCUUGACUAUUAUGUAUUGUUCGUCGACUGUUUUUGCCGCUCUUUGUGUCGAAUGAAUUAGAAUUUUCGUCGGACCAGAUGAGGUUUGUUAUCGUUUUGCAAUUACUAUUUUUAGUGGUAAAUUCUUGUCAAGAGUUUUGGAAAAGUUGGGAAAAUGUUUCUUGUACGUCAUCGGCAGAUAUCUGCUACGAAUCAAAGAACUUUUCCUCCGUUGAAAUAUUUAAUCAAACCUUAACCAUCGAGUGCGGCAAAAAAACGAUUGACUCUCGUUUGAUGCGCUGUUUGGACGUUAAAAAUGUACAAGAGAUAUUAUUUGAAGAUUGUUUUUUGUCCGGAGAUGACUUUGGAAUAUUUACGUUUGGACAUCGAAUCGAACACGUCAAGAUAUUUCACUCAACAAAUGUGUAUGAAAGAAUGUACGAGAGCGCCUCGUUUAAUAACAUGUCCACUUUGCGAUCUGUCGUAAUACGAGGCGUGAAGACGUCGCAACUUCUAAAUUUAACAUUUCGCAAUGUUCCAUCGCUGACUUCAUUGAGAAUUGAACUAUAUAACUUCACUUUAUUUCCCAACAAACCUUUCCGAGAGUUAAUUAAUCUUUCCAAAUUAUACAUCACGUAUGGUAACUUACGAGUUUUACGCAAAGAUCUAUUUUAUAAUCUUCACAAUUUGACAAAACUCGACUUAAGUUACAAUAAAAUUAAAUCGAUUCAUCCAUUUGUCUUUAGAAAUCUCGCCCGAUUGGAAUAUUUGGAUUUACAAUGGAAUCCGAUAAAGGAUUUACCCGGUGACACGUUAAAAAGCCUUUAUAAUUUAAGGACAUUUAAUAUUAGUUGGAACCAUGAAUUAUCACAAAUUCCGUCCGGAUUCUUUAAGAAACUGUACAACUUGACUGAAAUAAAUGCAUAUGGUUGUUCUGUUUCUUCACUCGAAGAAGAUGUAUUUUCUGACUUAAUUAAUUUGAGAACCGUCAAUUUAGGUUUCAACCGAAUUCAACAUCUCCCGCCAAAUCUUCUAAGAAAUAACAAACUGCUGAGACGAUUUUCCUUUUUGUAUAAUAAAAUAUCAACACUUCCUUCAGGAAUAUUUAAUGGACUUUCUGAACUGCGAGUGUUAGAGUUGGAGGGAAACCGGAUAGAAAAUCUUCCCGAAGAUGUUUUUCAGAAUUUGUCGCCAUUACAGAUUCUCGAUUUAUCACAAAAUCGCCUGACAUUUUUACACGAAAACAUCUUUCGCCCAUUGACUAAUUUAACGCAUCUCGAUCUGUCUAAUAACAGUUUAAUUACAAUUAUUGGUAAGAGUCUUUUUGGUAACAGCAAGCAUCUGCGUACUCUCCGUUUAAAGAAUGUUGGUUUGACACAAUGGCCGGUGUUAAAUUGGUCAGAAUACGACUUGACGUACGUCGAUUUCUCAAAUAAUCAUUUUGAAAUCGUGAAAUUGCCAAUUUACACACCAAAUCCUAUACAAAUGGAUUUGUCUAAUUGUAAAAUCAGAACAAUUUACGUGGAUGACAGGCGAUAUGGAUUUCAAAUGCCGACUUAUGAUUUAAAUAAUAACGAAAUUACUUGUGACCACGAACUGCAGCAAUUCGUUUCUGUCUUUAAAUCAAAUAGAAAAAUAGCGAGGACAAUGUUUCCAAAUAUAGAGAAGACGAAAUGUUACGGAGAAGAAAAAGUUUUGCUGGAUAAUACAUCUCUGGUAGUCAUAGGAAAUUAUUGUCCGAUGAAUUGCGAAUGUUCUUUCGAACAGAAUCACGUGAUGGUCAAUUGUUCCGGAAGGGAAAUGGAUAGAAUACCCGAAGUGGUCCUCCCAAAUACGAUGAUUGUCGAUUUGAGUAAUAAUUAUAUAAAGGAUUUGUCAGAUAUCGAUUAUGUGACGUGGAAAAACGUCACCCGUCUACGUCUAAGUAAUAAUUCGAUAAGUAACAUUUCGGAUUAUGUUCUUUUGCCAAACCUCAAAUACCUGACGUUAGACGGAAACCGGUUAACCGAAUUACCUUCAGGACUAAUGAACCUGAUCGACGUUUCUUCGGAAUUUAAGCUUUACUUAUCGAGAAACAAUUGGAAUUGCCAUUGUCAUUCGCAAUUUACUAAGGAUUGGUUACUUAGAAACAGACAAAAGAUUGCAGAUUUCUCCGAUAUUUACUGCACGAGAAAUUCGUCUUUCCUGUCUUUCACCGAAAUUGUUUCUAAUGAUCGAUGCACACAAAUUCCAGAAAGUAAUUUGGCGUCGUCGUUAAAUGUUUCGUGUACAAAAUGCGUGUUUCCUGACGAAGUUAGUUCUGUUUAUGGAUGGAAAAUCGCAGUUGCUGUUCUUACUUCGCUAAUGUUAUUAGGUGUGAUUAUUGUUGUUUCGAUUGUUUAUUGUCGCAGAAAAAAAAAUAUCGAGAAGGUGUCUAAUGAAGAAGAAGUGAUUUAUUACAAUGUGUACACUUGACAAAUUCUGUAAUUUCGACAAUUCAAAUAUAUGUAUUUUCAUCGAUUUAAUCAGUAC